AGCCUCGUGUGGCUCAAAAGGGCUCCCAUGGCAGACGCCAAGGAGGAGGAUGUCCGCUUCGAGCAGUACAAGGAUGAGGGCGACAUGCCAGGCAUCAUCAGCCUGAUCGACAAGGACCUCUCGGAGCCCUAUUCGGUCUUCACAUAUCGAUACUUCAUCAACAACUGGCCGGACCUCUGCUACCUUGCCAUGCAAGGCGAGACGUGCGUGGGCGCCAUCAUUUGCAAGCUGGACGAGCACAGGUGUCGCAAGACGCACCGCGGCUACAUCGCCAUGCUGGCAGUAGAGAAGGAGCUCCGCGGCAAGCGCAUCGGGUCGCAGCUGGUUCAGCUCUGCCUCAGCCGCAUGAAGCAGCUGAAUGCGGAUGAAUGCGUCCUGGAAACAGAGGUCACGAACAAGGGCGCCCUAGGCCUCUACCGGAGCAUCGGCUUUGUGAAGGAGAAGCGAUUGCACAAGUAUUACCUGAACGGCAACGACGCCUUCAGGUUGAAGUAUCUCUUCAAGCUGCCUGAGGGAUUCCGAGAAGGGCAUGGCUGCCUGGGGGCUCUGGCUGAAGACCUGGCGGAUGGCUAGAGCUCGCCCGAG